AUGAGCUUGAGCCUCCUCGGCCACGGCAAGUGCCCUCACUGGCUGCAGAGAAGCCAUGAGAUGCACCGCUACGCCCACCACCUCUGCCUAGCCUGCCUGCCUGCCUUCUGCCUGUCCGACGAGCCCUUCGCCCUCCCUCUCAUCGUCCGCCUGCGCCCUGCCCAACAGCGGCUUGACCCCCACCCUGCGAAUGCAAGGCUGGGCCGAGCAGGCGGCCAGCGCACCGCACCCAGGCCUUUCCUCAUGAAGACACACCGGCAGCUCGGCCAUGCAUUAUGCAUACGCUCGGUCGAAUGGCGGAAACGGCAACGGCACUGUGAGCUCCCACCCCUCUCUCUCACCUUACUGUGGGACCUGUUGCCUGGGACAGCUUACCCAGCGAGCCGGGCGACAGACCGGGCACGAUAG